AUGGCGGACAACGGCUACGGCUCCCGAGAGAACCUCCGUCGACGUUCUGCUGCUCAGAGCGUCGAAUCGGACACACCCGCUGCGGCUGGCUUCUACCAACCCGGUCAACCCAUCGGUUUCAUUCGCGCUCGCGGCAGCCCUUACGAGAAAAAAUACUUCUCCAGGAAACUUGGCUACUGCUGUCUCUUUCUCGCUCCCGGUGUCCUGCUCGUCGUCCUCGCCAUCACGCUGCUGCCCGUACUCUACGCUGUCGCCAACCACGCUCUUCACACAGCCGUGCUUCACGUAGACCAGUCCAACAUUACCUCCCCCGGCAACACAUCCUUCCCGCUCACCCUCGAAGGUCAGACCAAGAAGGUCGGCAUCUUCCCUGCCCAUCUCUUCUUUCGUGAGCCCGUUCAGGUCUACUGGGUCCUGCCACCUCAACCUGGCCAAGUCGCUUCGCCAGAGACCUUGACCGAGGUCAAUCUGGGCCAGUUCCGUCUCGACUACAUUGGUGCCGCGGCAGGUCACGCACGCAUCAAGCAGGCCACCAACUUUGAGAUCAACGACGUCGAAGGCUUCAGCGAGUUUGCCAAGUUCCUCAUCUCUCAACCUGAAUUCACAUGGAAGCUCAAUUGCUCCAGCGUGCAUGCAGAGGCCUUCUCGUUUUUACCCACCUACAAGAAUCUUGUCUUCAACAAGCACAUCAUCAUCAAAGGUUUCAACAACUUUGAAGAUGUCGAGAUUCUUGACUUCCAGCUUCCCGGCGAUGACCCUGCAGGUGGUAUCUCGGUCUCAGUCACCACUUCCCUUGUCAAUCCCUCGCCAUUCGGUGUUCAGCUUGGCACGCUCAACCUUGGUCUCUACUACCAAGGCCUGUACCUCGGUCCUGCUACGACUUCCAACCUCAAUGUCUCUUCAGGUCGCAACGUCAUCACCCUCAGCGGUCGACUUAUACCCCACAACGACAACGCCACCGCACUCGACUUGCUCGGAAAGCUCUUCACCGGCUACAUUAACGGAGAAAGUUUGCCCGUACAGGCGCGCGGUAGCUCGGUUCAACAGGCUAACGGCGACUACGUUGGCUGGCUCAGCACCGGUAUCACUGCUCUCGAGCUCGCCGUACCUCUUAAGGCCCCCCAGCCCAUCAACCCGAUCAAGAGCAUCAGCAUCGGCUCGCUUGCUCUCGUCUACACACCCGAGACCGCUUAUGAACCAACCGCCUUCUCGAGCGCGCUCUCGGCCGUGCUCGGUCUGCCCUUUGGUUUCUCGCUCUCCAUCGUCAACACGGCCAACACCUUCACGAUCCUCUUCCAGGGUGCGCAAGUGGCUACCAUCAACUCUGCCUACUCCAACACCACCACCCAGCUCUCGCUCGUUAGCGCUGGCCAGACUGCAGGUACGCUCGACCUCACCCUCCCUCCUUCGACGCUGACGCUCGCCAACAACACCGCUGCUGCACGCAAGGAGCUCGAGAACUUCCAGACCUACCUUACCCUCAGCAACGGAACCGAGAUUCGUCUACAGGGCGCCGCCAAGGCUAUCACCGACACUCCUCUGGGUCGUGUCUUGCUCGAUGGCAUCGAUUAUGGCAUCGUCUUUGAUGUCGACAGCGGUCUUUUGGGUCUCCAGGGCCUCAGUGCCUAUCCCACGCUCAUCACCAGCGUUGAUGUCACCGGUGGUACGAGCGAAGGCAUCAACCUCGCCGUCGGCACCACGCUCGUCAACCCUUCCAACUUGAAUCUCACCAUCGGCGACAGCUCGUUCCAGCUGGUCAACCGCGAUGUCCUUGGUACCGUCACCAUUCCGGGCCUCAACUUGAUGAGCGGAAGGAACGAUGUCAACGCCACUUCGGUCUUUAACCCCAACUCGAGUCCCUUCGGUCUCGAGACGCUCAACCGUUUCAUCUCGGGUCAGGACACUGAGCUGGGCAUCAAUGGGUUUUCGGGCUCAACCGCCGUCUCGUCGCUGCUUCCUGCCCUUUCACAGAUUCGUCUCAAGUCGACGCUGCCAGGUCUCAAGGCAUCGCUUGUGCGCUCCGCCAACCUGACCGUCUUGGACACUACCGGCGUCACCAACAACCUGGCCGACUCCACCGUCUAUCUCAACAACCCCUUCUCCUCGCCGCUCACCAUCACGCGCAUUCGCUCCAACGUCACAUCGCAUGGUAUCUUUGUGGCGAGCAUCGACACCCCGCUCAACUUUGUCGCUCAGGGCCGUUCCGUGACCCAGUCGCCUCCUGUUUCGCUUGGCCUCAACCUCUACCCGCCCGACAUUUUCGCGCUUGUACGUGCACUUGCCGUGCAGAGUGGUCAGGACCCUGCCUACAUUGACGGUGUCGUUCAGCUCGGUGGCUACACGCUAACACCCACUACGUCGGCCAACACACGCCGUUCGCUCAGCUCGGAUGACACCGAGGCCAGCUACGACUACGAGGACGACAACGAGCUGGCCCACGCCAUGAUGGACGGCGUCAACAACGCCGAGACGCUCGCUCAUGUCGCUGAUUGGGCUGAGCGCGACCAGACCAACGCCGUUGGCGAGUCGGGCGAGCUCAAGAAGCGAGCCAACCUCUACACAGGCUUCGAUCUGCCCACCUACAUCGACCGCGCCUUCAAGUCUGCCACGGCCAAUCUCGAGAUCGUCUCGGAUGCCAACAUCGGCGACUAUUCCACCACGCUCACUUUUGCUCAGCAGAACGUACCGCUCGGUACCGACGUCACGCUUAACAAACUUCUGCCUGUCCUCGCUGGCCCCAUUGUGCAAAAGAUUGUCGACAACGCCAUCCUCAACAUUGACCGAGUCACGAUUCUCAACCCUCAACAGAACAGUUUCCAGACUGCUCUACAGGGCACCAUCACCAACUCGGGUCCGUUUGACGCAACCAUUUCGUUCACAAAUGGUCUCGACGUCACCUGGAACGGCCGACUCCUUGGUAAGAUUGCCAUGCCCAAUGUGACGCUCGCCGGUGACGUCGGUGCUACGCUCGAGAUCCUGGCUCAGUUUGUUGUUGCCGAUGUUGGCUACCUCACCGAAUUCACCCGAUACCUGCUCACCGAGCAGAGCUUCGUGUGGAACAUUGCCGGCAACGGUCUCAGCGUUGCAGCGCUCGGCAUUCAGGUCAACGACAUCAACAUCUCCAAGAACGUCAUCCUUAGCGCUUUCAAUGGUCUCAGGGAUAGCGUCAUCAUCAACUCGUUCGAUCUGCCUUCCAACGACCCGGCCGGUGGUAUCCACCUCACCGCCGCCACCACCAUCUACAACCCGUCGCAGGUCGGCGUCCAGCUUUCUCGCUUCGGUGUCAACCUGAAUCGCAACGAAACCUUCAUUGGUCCCUCAGCUGCGCAGGACGAGUUUGUGCUGCAGGCGCUUGCUGUCACCACGCUGCCGCUCGUUGGUCGAUUGGUGCCGCAGAGCUCUGAACAGGGUCUUGCUGUGGUCUCGGAGAUCUUCACACGCUUCGUGGCCGACCUCAACACGGACGUCAUGGUUUUGGGUGACUAUGCCGGUCCCGAGAGUGUCAGCUGGCUCAACGAUGGUAUCAAGUCGCUUGCCGUCCGAGUUUCACUGCCUUCGCAGAAAUUCACCGUCAUCCGAACCAUCUCGAUCAAUCAGAUUUCACUCUUCUUUACGACGCAAACUGCUUGGAACCCACCCACGAGCUCCAACAACACACAGUCCGAAUUCUUCCUUCCCUUCGCCUUCCCUCUGGAUAUUCAGCAGGUCGGUGGUGGCUUCAUUGCCGGCUACCAGGGUCAGAAUAUGGCCCUGCUCGACAUUCCGCUCUCGCCCUCGAUCACCGAUGUCACCGCACGAAUCCUGACGCUUAUGUUUAGCAACGUGCCCUUCUCGGUCUACGGCAACCAGCACCCGAGGUUCUCGCAAUUCCUUGCUGAUACCACGGCCAACAACCAGGUCACCUUUAACCUGAAUGGUAUCGCCAACACCAGGGCCAACACUGCCGUCGGUUUGCUAUCCAUCAAUAACAUUCCGUUCAACGUCGACACGAACUUGUUGGGUCUGCAGAACCUCAACGCUCGUCCUGCCAUUGUUUCCAACCUGGACGUGUUCCGCGGCUUCCCGUCGUACCUCCAGAUCAAUGUCGACACGACGCUCUUCAACCCUUCGCACAUCACGAUCGGUACAGGCGACGUUUCCUUUGACGUUAUCUUCUUGGGCCGCAAGAUCGGUACCGCUGUCAUCAAGGGUCUUGUGCUUGUUCCUGGUAUCAACAUUGUUCCUACCGAGGUGCGCUACUCGCCGCAGGGUGCCGAGAACACACGCGCUGGCCAGACGUUGCUCGAGAACUAUGUGCAGGGCAUCGUUUCGAACACCAUCAUCCAGGGUACCCGAGACACGACGCCCAUCGAGUCGUUGAAGCAGGCGCUCUCCGGAAUCCGUCUGAACGCCGACAUCCCGCCGCUCACGCAACUUCUUAUCACGAGGGCCAGGCUCACGAUCCCGCCCAAUAUUGCACAGACCAGUAUCGCGCAGGUCAACUUCGAUCUGCGCAACCCCUUCACGGCAUCCAUCAACCUGCUCAGGGUUAAAGCUGGCGCUUCAUACCAGAACAUCACACUCGGCGAGAUCAACCAGGAUCUGUCGAGCAAUCCGAUCCGCGCACCUGGUCACACGACCAUCACAUCGCGCUUCCUGCCCUUCAACUUUAACCUGGACCCCAAGAACCUCAUCCGCUUUGUGCAGGCGGCUGCUGCCGCGACGGGUACCGAUCUUGGUCCUCUGCCGCCGCUGUUCGCCCAGGUGCUGGCUCAGGAGUCUACACAGACAACCGUCAGCCCAUAUCCCGACUUCAACCCUCCCAACUGUGUGUCUGGCCGCCAGUUCGAUGUGCUUGACGCCAUUCUGCGUACGCUGCAGGGUCUCACCACCCGACUGGAUGUGCAGUCGGGCGUCAGACUGGACGAGUACUUCACCAACCUCAACUUUGUGCAGCAGCCUGUGCCUACCGAAACGGAUCGCACGGCGCUCUACCUGCUCGGUCCUGCGGGUGCGCCGAUUGUGCAGAACAUUGUGGACCAGGCUGUUCUCAAGGUCGACAUCGCAAACAUCACCAGCGUCACCAACACUGGCUUUGAUGUGUCACUCGCUGGCUCGCUCACCAACACGGGUCCGUUCGAUGCGUUGAUUGAGUUCACCGGGCCGCUCACGGUCACGUGGCAGGGCAGGAACAUCGCCCAGCUCACGCUGCCGCCCAUCUGUGCGCUCGCCAAUGAAGGUGUACCCGAGCUGAGGACGAGCGGUCGCCUUACCAUCACCGACCUCCGCGGCUUCACCGACUUCGCGACGUUCAUCUUGCACAACCCGUCGUUCCAGUGGACCGUGUCGUCGAACAAGGUCACCGUGCGUGCGCUGCAGAUCAUCUACAGCAACGUCAUCCUGUCGAAGAACAUCGACUUUUUGGCAUUCAACAACCUGCCCAACGUCACAACGAGCAACUUUGACGUCUACGGCGAGACGAGCAACACGCUGCUCAUCCGUACCAACGCUGCGAUCCCGAGUCCUGCCACGCUCGGAAUUCAGCUGGAUACAGCCAACUUUGAGAUCUUCUUCAUGGGCACCGACAUCGGUCCGGUGCAUUCGAGCAACCUCUUCCUCGCUGCACUCUCCAUCACCGACACGGUGCUCGAGGGUGCGAUCACCGCCAAGUCUGGACGCGAUCUGCAGAACACGGGUAUCCUGUUCACCAACUUUUUGCAGGGCAAAACACAGAUCCUUCAGACCACGGGUGUCUCGGUCGUCACCCAGGCCAACGGCAAUCAGCCCGUCAAUUGGCUCAGUGCCGCGUUCCGCACGCUCACAAUUGACGUGACGCUUCCCGGUAAAAUCUACCAGAUCAUCUUCUCGAUCACCUUGUCAGAUCUUACCGUGUUCGUCAACGGCAACCCGGCGGAUUCGUACACGGUGCCUUCGAGUUCGAACUCGACCAUUGCCACGUUUGCGAAUCCGUUCACGUUCGGCCUGCAGCCGAUCCAGGCGUCGCCGCACAUCAACCUGUCGUACUCUGGCGGCAAUACGGCGUACCUGGACCUGCCGUUGGCCAAUGUGCAGGCGGGCACGUCGCGCGGACCGCAGGACUUCCAGGCGCUGCAGCUCAUGUGGCGCAGGCAGGACAUUGUGGCCGUCGACCGUCCCAACUUCCAGGCAUUCUUUGCGCAGCUGACCGAUACGCCGCGAGGUACGUUCGACCUUCGCGGUGGUACGGAUGUGGUGGCCAGAACGGUGAUCGGCAACAUUCCGAUCGGAGGCAUUCCGUUCAACGUGACCACAUCACUCGCCGGUAUCAACAGCUUCAACGGUGUCACGACGCUUUCAGAUGUAACGGUUAGCAGUGGUACUGCGGCGUUCCUGUGGGUGCCGCUCAAGGUGACGCUCGAGAACCCGUCGAACUUGACUGUGUUCACCAACGAGGUGUUCCUUCCGGUGCUCUUCUCCGGCGUGGUGGUGGGACGAGCCGAGAUCACGGUGCUGGGACUGAUUCCCGGAAGCAACUUGGUGCAAUCGUACUUCUACUACGCGCCCGCCAACGCCAACGAUACGACGGCGCAGCAGCUGCUCAACCGGUAUGUGCAGCCAUCGCUGUCGGAUGGCACCUCGCGUCAGGAUGCGCCGCUGGUCAUCGACGGCACGCAGGGACCUCAGACCAAUCUGACGCCGUACGAUUCGUUGCGACCUGCUCUUGCUGGUGUCAGGCUGACGACCACGCUCGAGGGUAUCGCUUCGCGUAUCGUGACGCACAUCAAUGUCUACCUGACUGCCAAGACGCUGCUCACGGGACUGCCCAACUUACUCGGUCUUCCCGGUGCGCCGAAUCCCGUGGUCGAGAUCGAUUUGACGGCGCAGAACCAGUUGCAAACCAACCUGUACAUUGUCGCUCUGCAGACGUCGGCCAAGAUCGCAGGCUCGACGCCCAGAGAUGCGUCCAACCCGGACGCAAUGGUGUCGUACACGUUCCCGUCGCCAUUCGGAGUCAACGCUGGUGGAUCGGCUACGUCGCCUAGGGUGCCUGAUGUGGUGUUGCCCAAGGGUCUGCUUCAAUCGCUGCCGGUGAUUGGUAAGGAUCUGGAUAUCUACAACCGAAUCCCGGUUCGACUGGGACCCUCGGUUGGCGACAGCUACUUGGCGCCUGCUCUCGAGUACAACGAGCUGAACAUUAAGACCGACUACUUUAUCGACUUGGGUCUGGGUAUCAUCCCACUUAACCCAGUCGAGACGAUCGCGGAACUGCUGGGACAGAUCAUCAAUACGGGUGCGGAUCUGACCAAUAUCUUGGGUGGUCUGUUGGGCAAUUUGGCGCAGGGCAAUGUGGUUGGUGGUCUGGAUACUGCGGCCAAGGGGCUGCUGUGUACGUUGACGAAUGCGACCAAGGGGUUGGGAUUGGGAAUUCUGAAUCCGAUUCAGCAGGCGGCGAGUUGUCCCGGUGCUGCGUCGUCGACGAGUGGCAGUGCUUCGUCGAGCAAUGCUGCGUCUGCAGCAGCAGCAGCUUUGUCGUCCGUGACGGGCGCGGUUGGCUCGGGCGCUGCGGCUGGAGCAAGCGCUGCGAAUUCAGGUGCCAGUGCUGCUGCCGCCGGUCUCAGCAAUGCGGUCAGCGGCCUCACCGCUGGGGUCGCUGGCGUUCUCGGUGGUACUGCCAACUCGCCCGCUGCUGCAACCUCGCCCGCCGCCGCUGCGGCGGCUGCGCCAACUUCGUCCUCCGCUGCUCCUCUCCUAGGCUUGGCUACAGGCCUCGUCCGUCGUGCACAACCCACUCCUAUGCGCUUGCACUUGCUCUGA